AUGAGGAAACCCAGCUCAUCGUGUGCCGUGUGCCGACUGAGGUUCAACUCAGAGGUAGGCAGAGUUUGACCUCAUACAGGUCAGUACCAGGGAUGCUGCAGAGUUUGACCUCAUGCAGGGCAGUACCAGGGAUGCUGCAGAGUUUAACCUUAACCAGUAGAUAUACAGCGCAUUCAGAAAGUAUUCAGACCCCUUUACUUUUUCCACAUGUUGUUACAUUACAGCCUUAUUCUAAAAUAGCUUAAAUUGUUUUUAUUCCUCAUCAAUCUACACACAAAACCCCAUAAUGACAAAGUAAAAGCAAAAGGACAUUCAGAGUCUUGUCCCGAAGCCACUCCUGCGUUAUCUUGGCUGUGUGCUUAGGGUCGUUGUCCUGUUGGAAGGUGAACCUUCGCCUCAGUCUGAGGUCUUGAGCAGGUUUUCAUCAAGGAUCUCUCUGUACUUUGCUCCACUCAUCUUUGCCUCGAUCUUGACUAGUCUCCCAGUCCCUGCCGCUGAAAAACAUCCCCACAGCAUGAUGCUGCCACCAUCAUGCUUCACCGUAGGGAUGGUGCCAGGUUUCCUCCAGACGUGACGCUUGGCAUUCAGGCCGGAGAGUCAAUCCUGGUUUCAUCAGACCAGAGAAUCUUGUUUCUCAUGGUCUGAGAGUCUUUAGGUACCUUUUGGGAAACUCCAAGCGGGCUGUCAUGUGCCUUUUACUGAGGAGUGACUUCCGUCUGGCCACUCUUACAUAAAGGCCUGAUUGGUGGAGUGCUGUAGAGAUGGUUAUCCUUCUGGAAGGUUCUCCCAUCUCCACAGGGGAACUCAAGAGCUCUGUCAGAGUGACCAUCGGGUUCUUGGCCACCUCCCUGACCAAGGCCCUUCUCCACCGAUUGCUCAGAUUGGCCGCCGGGCAGCCAGCUCUAGGAAGAGUCUUGGUGGUUCCAAACUACUUCCAUUUAAGAAUGAUGGAGGCCAUUGUGUUCUUAGGGACCUUCAAGGCUGCAGACCUUUUUUGGUACCCUUCCCCAGAUCUGUGCCUCGACACAAUCCUGUCUCGGAGCUCUACGGACAAUUCCUUCGACCUCAUGACUUUGUUUUUGCUCUGACAUGCACUGUCAACUGUGGGACCUUAUAUAGACCUUAUAUAGACAGGUUUUAAGCUAAAUGUUCUGAUCUGUUGCAUCAGCCUCAUUGCUUUUAUAAGGUUUUUUAAUGCUAGUGGUUGUAUUAAUUUGGGAUCUAUCGCAUCCCACAAAUGUCCCAGACUUUGUUUGGAAUAUUUAUUUCUCACAGAAUACAAUAGUUCAACUUUUACACCAUGCGGGAAAGUAGAUUGACAUGGGCUAGUGCUUUUGCUGUUCGUUAGGCUUACUCAUCUUGUUGGCUGACAAACAGUAAAUGUGGACAAUUCUUCCAACAUCUUCAGUAUGCGCCUCGGAAUUCGAUUAGGACGUGCACAAUUGCAUCCCCGCUGUGUGUAUCUUCACUUGUAGCCUGUGAGAAGGGCCCGAUCACAUGAUGGGCAUUGGUUAAUAAGAACUGAGAUAUCUGAGAGAGCCAUGUGCAUGAGAGGUGCUUCGGAGCACGCAGCCGGGACAAGGGAUUUAUAAUUAUUAUAUUCAGCCCAAGGGCACAACGGCCACUGGCCUCAAAAGGCAUGGAUUUUUUUAGGGGGCAUUACGGCCACACAAAUGGGAUGCCGCCGGGAAAUUUGAGGCAUUAUCAAGUGCUGGUGAAAUUGUGAAUGAGAGACUGAUAAAGUGUGUGCAGCCUGCACAAAAAACAAAGCAGUGCUCAUGCCUUUCCUGCAACUUUUUUCAAAUCAUCAUUAGAGUCGCAUCAUGCUGCCUUAGAAUGUAUUAAAAAUCAAAACAUAUAGCCCAACGUUUGUAUCACAACUUAAGUUGCAUAAAAAACUCUAAAUUAUGCAUAUAGGAGGACCUGUUACUUUGUUAACCCCUCAACACAGAAUAGCCGCGUGCGCACUCCCUCAAAUCGUUUGGAGAAAAUAUCAUUUCUAUUUUAUUCAGCUUUGUUCAAUUGUAUUCUUCAUACUAUAAAAUAAUAUAAAAUAAUGCCGCGGAAUUCUAAGCAAAUCUUGUCUGCUAAAUGAACUAAUGUAGCCCACAUCCAUAUGGCAUAGCCAGAUCAGGACCUAACAUAAGGACAACUCAGAGUAUGCUAUUCUGUUCUUCUGAAAUAGACUACAUUUUCUUCAUAUCAUGUUUCUUUAGACCUGUCUAAAAUAAAUAAUGGAUUUAUUGUGAUGGUGUAGGCUAUAUUAAAUUAAUGUAUUAUACUUUUUUUAAUGUAGAUGUUCUAACAGGGGCGGUGUGUUCAAUAGGGCGAUAUGGGCGACGCACUGCCAAACGGGAAAAGGAAGGGAUUUUUUUUCUAAUCAAUUAUAUCACGGCAACAGUAGUUAUCAGUGUUCUAAUCUGAUCUGACUGCCACUAAAUGUCAAAUCAGGCUAAAGUCGUGCUUCAAAUGGCCCCGCCCGUUUUUGGGGCGAUUUCAGUCAUGUUGAAAAUCGCCCAGAAGUCUGUCAUAGACUCCCAUGUAAAAUCUAUUUUUUUCAAAUUUCAAAGCUUUCAAUACAAUCUCUAUGGGUGUCUGUGGGCUUGCACUUACGCGCUUUCGUCAUACGUGACGUAACCAUGAACGUAACUAAGAAAAUAGCGGCUAGCAGCGUCUCUGUUGCGACCUGCAGUGUGGCGUUAUCUUAUGUUUUUAAUUUGUACACUUAGUGGCGUUAUUUUAUGUUUUUUAACACUUAGUUUACAAACAUUCUGCCAACCAUGGAUUUCCAGUGGUGGGUUUUGGACUGAUCUUGUUGAUCGUGUACAUACCCGCUACGAACGGACUAAAUAAUGAAAACGCUGCUGGCAGCGGAAUCCAAUACAGCUGGGAGACUUGGCUGGAUGACAGAGUCCCGGACAGAGAAGUGGAGCCGGCCGGCUUCACCCUGGUCAGAGCGGACCGCGAUCUGACACAGUCACAGGGAAAAUCGAUCCUGGUAAGAGAGCGACUCUGUACCCCCGACAUUGAACUGCUUUCUGUGUCACUGCGACCUUACUAUCUGCCCCGUGAGUUCCCCCAAUUGUUUGUUACCGUUGUGUACUGUUGAUAAUCACAAGUUUACUGGAGAACUGAGACCAAGUAGAGACUUUGGACAGGGUGGAUAUGGUAUAAUAAAGGCAGUUUAUUCAGAGGUAAAGAUAUCUGGAAUCGCGUGCACGGACUCGUUCGUCAAACUCUUAGGGAGCUAUCUGAAGAGAGCCCCGAAAACAUUGUGUGCAGACAUUUUAUACAAUAAAUGAUGUAGGUUGAAUCUAGUAGUUCUGAUCUUCUGAUUGGUCCUGAUGAGUUGGGCGAGGUCCCCUCCACUGUUGCAUUGGCUCUGAGUCGGGUUCUCUGUCUUCAAAUGUUCAGCCUAAAGAGAGGGGAUUUUUGUGUGUGUGUGUGUGUGUGUUUAACAGUGAUGAUGUGUGUGUGUGUGUGUGUUAUCAGUGAUGAUGUGUGUGUGUGUGUGUGUGUGUGUGUGUGUGUGUGUGUGUGUGUGUGUGUGUCCUCAGAGCAAGAACUCGUGAGUUGGAAGAACUGAGAGACCUAUGGCGUGGGUGUUGUCCUUGGCCACCUGCUGACAAGGCUGACAAGAUAGGACUCUUUUGUCCAUUGUUAUAGGAUAGGAACAGCAUUGAUUGAAAACAAACGCCCAACACAAAAUGGGUCAUGCACAAGAUUUUAGUCAGACCAAGCUAUAACAUUAUAUAUUUACUACGACAGUACAUUCAACCAAAAGCUAAUAUAACAAAGGCAUCAGAGAUUAUUUAUAAUCUGUCACAGAAACUGGAAUCCAUCUCCCCAGAUCAGUCAAUAAAUGCUUCUGGUAUUGACUUAUAUGCUGCCCCUGUCUUCAUGUUGUUGCUGGACAUAUCUUUUUUAAAAUGUGUGUAGGUCACCUAAAUCAUCAGAAAAAUUGCCCCUCCUGAGAAUUUUUUCAGGAGCCGCCACUGUGUUCUAAUGGUCUGCAUCAGUGGCUUGUAGGCUAUGCAUGGAAGCCAGGAUAUGUGCCAAAUGUGUUUAUGUUAAUUAACAGUAAAUUACCGUGAGACUGGCUGUUAUUUGCUUGACAAUCACCAGCUGACAAAAUGUCAUGACCGCCACAGCCCUAGUCCGAGAGCAUUUGAGGUACUCUUUAACAUUGACCUCUUGCUCAACCCUCGCUCCUAAGCCUCUGCCCUAGCCAUACCACGGUAAUUCACCACCUUUUCACUCUUGUUGUUGCAGAUUAACCACGUUCACAAAACCCAGAUUGGUCCAGGAUUUGGACUAACCACGCCUCUUAUGAGGAAACCCAGCUCAUCGUGUGCCGUGUGCCGACUGAGGUUCAACUCAGAGGUAGGCAGAGUUUGACCUCAUACAGGUCAGUACCAGGGAUGCUGCAGAGUUUGACCUCAUGCAGGGCAGUACCAGGGAUGCUGCAGAGUUUAACCUUAACCAGUAGAUAUACAGCGCAUUCAGAAAGUAUUCAGACCCCUUUACUUUUUCCACAUGUUGUUACAUUACAGCCUUAUUCUAAAAUAGCUUAAAUUGUUUUUAUUCCUCAUCAAUCUACACACAAAACCCCAUAAUGACAAAGUAAAAGCAAAAGGACAUUCAGAGUCUUGUCCCGAAGCCACUCCUGCGUUAUCUUGGCUGUGUGCUUAGGGUCGUUGUCCUGUUGGAAGGUGAACCUUCGCCUCAGUCUGAGGUCUUGAGCAGGUUUUCAUCAAGGAUCUCUCUGUACUUUGCUCCACUCAUCUUUGCCUCGAUCUUGACUAGUCUCCCAGUCCCUGCCGCUGAAAAACAUCCCCACAGCAUGAUGCUGCCACCAUCAUGCUUCACCGUAGGGAUGGUGCCAGGUUUCCUCCAGACGUGACGCUUGGCAUUCAGGCCGGAGAGUCAAUCCUGGUUUCAUCAGACCAGAGAAUCUUGUUUCUCAUGGUCUGAGAGUCUUUAGGUACCUUUUGGGAAACUCCAAGCGGGCUGUCAUGUGCCUUUUACUGAGGAGUGACUUCCGUCUGGCCACUCUUACAUAAAGGCCUGAUUGGUGGAGUGCUGUAGAGAUGGUUAUCCUUCUGGAAGGUUCUCCCAUCUCCACAGGGGAACUCAAGAGCUCUGUCAGAGUGACCAUCGGGUUCUUGGCCACCUCCCUGACCAAGGCCCUUCUUCCCCGAUUGCUCAGUUUGGCAGGGCGGCCAGCUCUAGGAAGAGUCUUGGUGGUUCCAAACUUCUCCCAUUUAAGAAUGACAGAGGCCACUGUCUUGUCUAGGAGCUCUACGGACAAUUCCUUCGACCUCAUGGCUUGGUUUUUGCUCUGACAUGCACUGUCAACUGUGGGACCUUAUAUAGACAGGUGUGAGCCUUUCCAAAUCAUGUCCAAUCAAUUGAAUUUACCACAGGUGGACUCCAAUCAAGUUGUAGAAACAUCUCAAGGAUGAUCAAUGUAAACAGGAUGCACCUGAGCUCAAUUUCGAGUCUCAUAGCAAAGGGUCUGAAUACAUUCUACAUUUACAUUUUAGUUAUUUAGCAGACGCUCUUAUCCAGAGCGACUUACAGGAGCAAUUAGGGUUAAGUGCCUUGCUCAAGGGCACAUCGACAGAUUUUUCACCUAGUCGGCUCGGGGAUUAGAACCAGCGACCUUUCGAUUACUGGCACAACGCUCUUAACCACUAAGUUACCUGCCGCACCGCACAGACCUAUGUGUGUAAUACCUAUGUAAAUAAGGUAUUUAUGUUUUUUUUUUAAUAUAAAUGUACAAACAUUUCUAAAACCUGUUUUCACUUUGGGGUAUUGUGUGUAGAUCGCUGAAAAAAAUAAAUAUUUAAUCCAUUUUAGAAUAAGGCUGUAAUGUAACAAAAUGUGGAAAGUCAAGCUGUCUGAAUACUUUCCGAAGGCACUGUAUAUAGUAAGUGUUGUGUAGUGUUAACCAGUAGAUAUAUACUAAGUGCUGAGUGGAUGUAAACCGUGGGAGAGAUUUGCGGAUGGCACAGGUUUGAUAUUGGAUGAAAUGUAUGAGAUGAAAAUCUCUUAGAGAGUUUAUAAAUCGCUCUGGAUAAGAGCAUCUGCUAACUGAUGAAACUGUACUAAUGUUAGAUCGCUGGCUUGACCCUGUGGCUAUAUGACUUGAUGACUUGAGUACAUACUACUGCAUGGUCAUUGGAGUUGUUGUCUCUUGUGUGACUCAGUGGUUCUGGUUCUAUUGUCUCUCUCUGUGUAGAUCCAGGCCUCAUCCCAUUACAGUGGUUCUGGUUCUAUUGUCUCUCUCUGUGUAGAGCCAGGCCUCAUCCCAUUACAGUGGUUCUGGUUCUAUUGUCUCUCUCUGUGUAGAGCCAGGCCUCAUCCCAUUACAGUGGUUCUGGUUCUAUUGUCUCUCUCUGUGUAGAGCCAGGCCUCAUCCCAUUACAGUGGUUCUGGUUCUAUUGUCUCUCUCUGUGUAGAGCCAGGCCUCAUCCCAUUACAAUGGUACCAAACACUUUAAGAGGCUCAAAGCCUUCGACCCACCGGACUGCAAGACCAGAGCCCUUGACACAGUCACCAAGGAAACCACAACCAAGAGCGCAUCACCCUGCCCUGUGCCGCCCAGCUCAGACCCCAGUUCAACAGGUUAGUGUGUGUGUGUGUGUGUCAAUUACUGUAUAUAUGAAUGCACAAAGCCAUCGAUCACAUGACACCAUUCAUUCCUAUGUGAAGACUCAAUAGCACAUUAAAGCCAAGUGAAGUCGGUUAAGAUGGCAUCUCAUGGAGACAUAACAUGCACAGUUUGAGCUACUCCAGGAAGUGACAUUGCAGGCUAGCUCAGUGCUGCCCCCUCUCAUUGAGUAAUCAAGUUGAAGGCCGGCCGAGGUACUGCAGGCUGCCAUUAGCAACUAAACUUCUUCUGUGUGCGAUUUUAAAAUAAUCGGUUCAAGGACAUACAUUUGGUGUAUUAGAAGCAAUAAUUGGCACCAUGAUUGUCUUAUUAUACAUUUUUUACACAAAGAUUGCCAUUUUCCAUUCACUAUAAUGGGGGAUCCUUUUUUCUGGUAACAAUGCAUGCAGUACCAUGGUCGGCAUUGAACUCCCGUGGCUUCAAUGAGAGGGGGCAGUCGUUCUCCCCUUGUGUGUACGUGCGUACGUGCGUGUGUGCAUGUGUGCGUGCGUGUGUGCAUGUGUGCAUGUGCAUGUGUUUGUGUGUGUUUGUGCAUGCAUGCGUGAGUGCAUGUGCUUGGGUGUGUGCGUGUGUUUGCGUUGUUUGUUAAUGUAUGCAGAUCUGUGAGUAUGUGUCUUCAUAUCACAGGAGGUUGGUAGCACCUUAAUUGGGGUGGAUGGGCUUGUGGUAAUGGCUGGAGCGGAAUCAGUGGAAUGGUAUCAAAUACAUCAAACACAUGGUUUCCAGGUGUUUGAUGCCAUUCCCUUUGCUCCGUUCCAGCAAUUAUUAUGAGCCGUCCUCCCCUCAGCAGCCGCCACUGGUGUAUAUGCAUAGGUGUUUUAAUAUUUGUUGGUGUGCAUGAGUGUUUUAGAGAGUGGGAGACAAUUUGUUUGAUAAAAAUGCGAUUUAGUGAGAGACCAUUUUGAUUUCAUGCGAUAGCGACAGAGUGAGAGACCAUUUUGAUUUCAUGCGAUAGAGUGAGAAACCAUUUUGAUUUCAUGCGAUAGAGUGAGAGACCAUUUUGAUUUCAUGCAAUAGCGAUAGAGUGAGAGACCAUUUUGAUUUCAUGCGAUAGUGACAGAGUGAGAGACCAUUUUGAUUUCAUGCGAUAGCGACAGAGUGAGAGACCAUUUUGAUUUAAUGCGAUAGUGUGAGAGACCAUUUUGAUUUCAUGCGAUAGCAAUAGAGUGAGAGACCAUUUUGAUUUCAUGUGAUAGCGACAGAGUGAGAGACCAUUUUGAUUUCAUGCGAUAGCACAGAGUGAGAGGCCAUUUUGAUUUCAUGCGAUAGCGAAAGAGUGAGAGACCAUUUUGAGUUCAUGCGAUAGCACAGAGUGAGUUUUUCUGUGUGUGGAAGAAACAGGGGAGCUUUGUGAUGAUGACUUUGUCAAACAGCCUUAUCUUCAUUUUAGAGAGACAGUCAAUGAAAACAAACAAACAAACCCUUACAGGCCUAAUCACCAUUACCAAGGCAUGAUUCCCAAAUUCCCUACUCCCGGUCCGUCUCACUGCAGAUAAUGGAACAUAAUCAUUUCAAUCCAAAGCCUCUAAUUGAAGCAGAUUCCCAUAGGGGUAAAUCCAUUUGAAUUAAGCCCAUGGAAGAAGUGGUCAAAAGUGACUUUUUGGACCUGAAUGCCAAAACAGGUGCUCAAAGUUGACCCAUUUUGCAUUCCCCACCAUACAAUGAGACAUCACUGGAAAAGAUAAACAGUUGAGUUUAAUAUCAUUUGAAAGCUUACAAACGAUUAAAACAUUUCUUGAAAAAAAAAGGUUUUACCUUUAACGUCAAUGAUCUAAAAACUCUGAAUUUUCAUAUUCGCAUAUGUUGUAACAUAGAACCUAUUUUAGGUUGAGACACAACAUGGUCUUGAAUACAGGGUGGGUGUCAUUUCAAUCAUAGAAAUAGAAUUCAUAGAAUGGACCUAUCCCUUCAGACCAUUGCAAUUUAGCUGGUACACCAUUGAAAUUGAAUUGACAUUUUUAACUUUAACUUUAGAAGCCUUUUCAAAACUCAAAUACACUACAAGUUUGCAUUUCCUGCUGUACAGGAAGAUUCUCAGCAACAAAAGAGUGAUCAGAUUAAGAUCCUACAUCUGUAAAUCUCCUAUGGAGGAUUGACAGUAUAAUUUAAAACAACAGAUCUUCCCAUUCAACUCAACAUUCUCUGAUGUGUGGACGUCCAACCAGCUUUGUGGUACCAUUUGAAAGUAGAAAUUUCAAUUUGAUUGUCAUGUUAGUACAUUUAACAGCCCAAACAGGACACCCACACUGUAUUCAAGAGCAUGUUGUCUCAACCGAUGGCAGGCACAACACAAACACCUCAGAUGAUGUAAAAUAGGGUCUAAACUACAACAUGUGCGAUUCUGAACAAAAUCGGACAUGUUUUUAGAUAAUUGACGAAUGACAUAACUGCUAUAAAAAACAAACAUUUUAUUCAAUAAAUUAUAAAAUAGUUUGACAACCCUGUUUGUAAAGUUUUUAAUUAUAUCAAUCUCAACCGUUUAUCUUUUCCGGUGAUGAAGACUUGGAUGUCUCAUGGUAUGGUGGGGUAUGCAAAAAAGGUCAACUUUGAGCACUUUUAUCUCUUGAAUGUUUUGGCAUUCAGGUCCAAGAAGUCACUUUCUGACCACGUCAAUAAUGGGCAAAUACUGUAUGUAAGGAAGGUUUUGUUCAAAUCAAAAGGGUUGCUGUCAAAAAGUGAUUGAAUUCAAAUGGAUUUACCCAUAGGAAAUCUUUGAUUAUUGCCAAGAUUAUAGCUAAUGAAUCUCAUAAACACUGUGGCUGGUGUGCUUUUAUCUGUCUCAGUGAGUUAUGGUAAGAGUUGAGAGACUUGGUAUGCUUCCCAAAUGGCACCCUUUUCCCUACAUAGUGCACUACUUUUGACCAGAGCCCUAUGGGAAUAGGGUGCCGCUUGGGAAGCAGCCCCUGCAGUGGUAAUCAGCAUUAGAGACUCUGAUAGAGAUUGAUGUAGGAGAGAAGAAAGCAUCAGGGUUAACUUAUGUCUCCUCUCUCUCUCACCACCACUACCACACAAACACUCUCCCCACUAAUUCCCCACUAUCACACACACACACACACUCUCCCCGCUAAUUCCCCACUAUCAUACACACAAACACUCUCCCCACUAAUUCACCAUUCACCACACUCAAAUUCGGUUUCAUUCUACGAUGGCGGAAAAUGAAGGGAUAAACCAUUAUCACAAUGCUCUAUUCUAUUCUAUUCUAUUCUUCUGUGUAGAUGUCACAGCCAGAGCUGUGUUGUCACCACCCUCUGCCUCCGGGGUGGUUCCAUCGACCUGCAGCCCAGCUGUAUCCAUGGAAAUACCCUCUGACCCCUCUCUGUCACCCUGUCCCAUGGUGGAGAAGGAGAAGGAGAUGGAGGGAGAGGUGGAGCAGGUUGUAGAGUCAGAGGAAGAGAAGGCUAAGAGACUGCUCUACUGUUCUCUCUGCAAGGUGGUGGUGAACUCUGCAUCCCAGCUACAGGCUCACAACAGCGGUGAGAAUGAAGCUUCACUGACCUGUGCGUGUGUGUGUGUGUGUGAGUGUACAGGUGUGUGUCAUCAUCAUGUUGCAACAAGUCCGUCUUCUUAAUCAUUGCUCUCAUCGGGUCAAUACCACACCAAUUGAUCACUCACUCCCUAUCCCCAAAGGGCCAUUGCUGCCAUCUUGACCUGACAGGUAAAGUGUAUGUUAGGACAGGGCCUCUCUCUCUCUCUCUCUCUCUCUCUCUCUCUCUCUCUCUCUCUCUCUCUCUCUCUCUCUCUUCUCUCUCUCUCUCUCAUCCUCUCCAUUUACACUGAGAUGCACCUUUAUGUAGUAACCACAUGUCCCACUUUGUUAACGUACUGUACUUAGUUGGUGUCUCUGCUUCUAACCUUUGACCCAUCUGACCUUUCACCCUGUCAGGCACGAAACACAAGACAAUGCUGGAGGCCAGGAGCGGCGAUGGAGCCAUAAAGUCAUUCCCCAGGUCAGGGGUCAAAGCCAAGCUGGCCCCUCCCACUGAGGUGUCGACUGGGCUCCAGAACAGAACUUUCCACUGUGAGAUCUGCGAUGUGCACGUCAACUCCGAGACACAACUCAAACAGGUUAGUUAUUUACUGUUUUUAAACUGAAAUCCGCCCUUUUAUGAAUAUGUAUACAUUUAUAAGGCCAAGAACAAAUCUGCGUUCCAGAGAUGAGAGGAAAAAUAGGGAUUUUAAUUAGGUUGAGUGUUUCCUUUCAUUUUCUGUGGCCUGAUGAGUCUAUGAGCUAGACUGACCCAUGUGGCUAAGACAUCUCCUUCUCCCUCAUCUUUCUCUCUCUCUCUCUCUCUCUCUCUCGCUCUCCCCCCCCCCCUCCCCUCUCUCUCUAUCUCCUCAGCACAUCAGCAGUAGAAGGCAUAAAGACCGUGCAGCAGGGAAGCCAGCUAAGCCCAAGUUUAGCCCGUAUGGUCUGCCGCCUCAACGCAACCAGAAUGUACAGACAGUGAGUAUCACAUUAUUGUAUUUUGGCAGUACUAUACUGGAGGUUUUGUUGUGGACUGUUUGUGGUUUACAUCUGGUAUAAUUGGAUUGGAGUUGUUUUGCAAAGUGUUGUAGAUUGUGGAACAGGUGUGAUAGCGUUAUGGUUGCGAUCACGUUGUGAUUUAAUUGUAGACUGGUUGUGAUCAUGUUGUGAUUUAAUUGUAAAAUGGUUUUGAUCACGCUGUGUGUGGUUUCCAGGUUGGGAUCAUUCUGAGGAAGGAGCAGGACUUGGCGAAGCCUCUCGUCUCGUGCCUCUUACAGCGCCAUCUCUCCCUCGCUGCUGCUGCUGCCAUGGCAACCCUGUCCCCGUUCCAUUUGCGCCCUGCCCCUACACAUGGCGCCGCCCUCUUUCAAGCUCAGCCCCUCCCCCAGCCCCUAUUACAUCCUGCCCCAGGACCUCUCCGUACGGCACAUACAUCAGUUCUGUUCUCACCGUACUGA